UUAAGAGCAACCAGCUCCACUUGUACUUCGCUCUAUCAACAUUAACUUGUUCAGUUCCUCUUGAAACUCUCUUACACUCUCAUACAUGGCUCGCUCUGUGCCUUUGGUCUCAACCAUCUUUGUGCUUCUUCUGCUUCUGGUGGCCACCGAGAUGGGGCCAACAAUGGUGGCGGAGGCAAGGACAUGUGAGUCUCAGAGCCACCGUUUCAAGGGACCAUGCGUGAGUGACACCAACUGCGCUUCUGUUUGCCGAACUGAACGUUUCAGCGGAGGACAUUGCCGUGGCUUCCGUCGCAGAUGCUUCUGCACUAAACAUUGUUAAAACUUUAUGACUGUGCUCUGAAGGAAAUUAAUCUCCAUAGAAGAUGAUUCAUCUAUCAUCUUUCUACCAGUGUUGUUAAUUAAGUGUCUUAUGUUUGAGAAUAAAGGUUACGUACCACUGAUCUUUCUCUUUAUCUUCUUCUGCAGUUCUUUCCAUUAGACGAGUGCGAUGAGUAUAAUGUAAUAUGUUUGUGAUGUAAUGAUAAAUUUUGUUUCUGUU